AUGUCCAGUCAGCAAGAUCCCUGGAACGCCCAACAGCGUCCGUUGACCCAGCAGUUCAACCGUCUGCACCCUCCAGUACUCCCUCCACCAGCAACCCUAGAAGCAGGUGGACAGGCGUUCUAUCCCUUGCCCAGUUUGCCGUCAUUAGGUAACGGAGCCGGUCAUCCACAGCCCGGUCACAGCUUUAACAUCCCCUCCAUAAACCCCACUGGAGAAGUACAAAUACAUAACGAUCCGAACAGACAGAGUCAGGAGUUGAGGAGACCUUCAAAUGUCGCUAUAAAUCCUCCGGCUCCUCAAUUACCUCCUCCUGCAACAAUUGCUGCAUCUACUGCUGAACAACAACAGCAACAACAAGUAACAGCGCAGCAUUCGACACAGCCUCCUGCUAUUGGAGGAGGCAUUCCUAACAGAUCUUCUACCACGAAU